AUGACUGCAUCUAUUAACAAUUUAUAUUCCACUUCAUUUACACGAUUCUUGCUUUCUUUUAUCUCAUCGUUUCAGCUGCUCGAUAAACACUUUUUUCUUCUUGGCAAUUACGAGCCUCUUCUUGCGAUUCAUUGGUUUCGCAUGACUCAACUAUGCCUAUGCUUUACUACACCUGUUAAUGCCGACGCCAACGUAAAUGGGGACUUUGGAACCAACACCACGUGUAGUCCUGAUUCGCCAUCUGAUGCUCAUACAUUGCGAUCAGACCCUUGCGAAUCGCCUCCUUCCGUCCACUCUUGUUCUUUCCAUUCGUCCAGUUCUUUUUCCUUGCCUCUCCUGAUCCAUUAUUUUCGUCCAGAAUGUCAGGGCUUCCUCAAUCUUCAUACGAUACGUGAUGCCGUUGUUGUAAUCUUGCUAAACAAAUAUCUCCAACUUCAAAUAAGGCAGCAAUACCAAGAUUCAUCAACUUUGCAACCAACCUCAGCAAAGGAGAGUUUCUUCACUCCCUCUUGUUCUGACCCAAAUGAAACCUCAUUUGGGGUUAAGAGCAUCUCGGCUUGCGUUAAUUACAUUUGCAGCAUGCAGAAGAAAACGCCGAAUGAACAAAUUAGACGGGACAUUAAAAAAUUCUCGAAACCCCCAUCUUGUCACCAGGUACGUAUUCUUAAUAGAUGA